AUGAAGAUCCUGAUCGUUGGCGGAACUGGAAUGAUUGGAGGGCAUGCGGCUCUUCACCUCCGCUCACUAGGUCAUGACGUGGCCAUCGCAGGCCGUCACCAUCCACCACCCAGUAUUCCUGACCUCGCCCAGCUGGAGUUCGUCAAGGGGGACUUUACUGCGGGCGACUUCGGCAUUGACCAACUAAGCAAGUUCGAUGCCGUCGUGUUUACUGCUGGCAGCGAUAUACGCCACGUUCCGGAAAACACAGACGCAGACCAGCAUUACCUACACGUCAAUGGAACUCUCAUCCCGGACUUUGCGCGCUUGGCCAAAGCGGCUGGUGUCCGCCAUUUCAUCCACGUUGGCAGCUUUUACUUCCACGUGGCUCCUGAAUUGGUCGACAGCGUGCCAUACGUGCGAUCCAGAAAACUGGCUGCCGACGGCGUUGUUGCGCAGGCAUCGCCCAGAUUCUAUGCCUGCAGUCUCGACGCUCCUUUUGUUGUCGGAACGGUCCCAGGGAUGAAGGUCCCCAUGUUCGAUGCCUAUAUUAGGUAUGCGAAAGGGGAGCUUCCAAUCCCUCCUUCAGCACCUCCCGGAGGAACGAACUUCAUCUCGGCGCAAUCUCUCUCAGAAGCCAUUGCAGGGGCAUUGGCUAGUGGGCCCUCUGUCAGUGGCAAGGCUAUACUGGUUGGGGAUGAAAACUUGACCUUUGUGGCUUACUUUGAAAUGUUUUUCAAAGCUGUGGGAAAGGAGACGCAUUUCCCUGUGCUGGAACAAGACCAUCCUUUGCUCCCAAGAGCCACGCUCUUCACAGGAACAAAGACGGUAUCGUAG